AUGUUUCCUACAACGAUAGCAGUGAUUUUUAUUGUCGUAAUUAUAAGUUUAUUGCAAACGACUUCUUAUGCUCAAGACAGAACCUUGAUUUCAAAGGUGAACCCAGGAUGCCUAGACUGUAAUGAAGAUACCACGCUAGUUUAUGUGAAAGCUGUAGGACAUAGUGACACCAUACACCAAAUAUGGGAUUUCACAAGAGGUGCACCUACUAUGAUCUUUGUUAUAGCUGGAGUAAAUUCAUCAAUAGAAGUAGGUUGGGAUGGCAUGAAACCAAAUAAAUUUGUCAUGUCCGAAAAACCACACUACAGCUUUGCAACAGCUAUGGAUAAGCUCUACGAGUACAACGACCUGAGCGACAUUGGGAGGAUCGAUUGGCACAUGCCGCAGCGCAUCCAGACCCUGAAGGGCGUCGCUUGGCGGAUGCAAGACAGCACCCUGACCAGCAAGGAGGCCAUGGUGAGGAUGCAGGGCACCUUGCGCGAUGGCUACAGGAGAGGCAUCAUCGAUAUAAAGCUGGACAUGCUCCCGUACCGCGACUCCGCCGCGCAGCUGCCGCACCUCAUCCACACGGCGAACUCCACGUCGGUAGACGUGAGCCUGGUGAACGUCACCACGUCGCGCCACUACAACUCGUCGCGGUUCGCCCUUCGCGUGUUGCUCGCCAGCACGGACCCCAGCGGCGGCAGCAUGCGCACCGUCACCAGGAAGAGCCUGGACGACGAGCACACGCCCGGCGUUUUCGAGAUAAUCGAGAUAAAAACGCCCGAGUCCUUCGAGAACAACGCCGGGGGCUUCGUCCAGUUCAGGCCGAUCGCUUACACGCAGAGCGAGCGCGGCGUUGCCAGCUCGACCGUGGCACACAUCACGGACUUGGAAAGGUCAUUCACAAUCGGCUACGGCUCUCCACCCAUGGAAAGCUUUUCUUCACUGGUGAUAGCCAUAAUAUCGGUGGGGCUCGGCGUGCCAGUAGUGCUGGCGAUGUCGGGGGUGGUCUACGUGCUACUGAGGAGGCGCCGACAGCGGAACACCCCGGCACGGCUCACCGAGGAGGAC